AUGGAGUCAGGUAUUCCGAUCCAAAGAGAAGCACAGUUAUCAGUCAUCAAGGCAUGGAAGGAACAAAAGAUAACUAAGGUCAUUAACAAAACUCAGAAGAAGCUCCUUGAUAUUUCAGGAUGGGAGAAAAAGAAAACAACAAAGAUCGACUCUGAACUCGCUAGUAUCCAGAGGAAGAUGGACAGUAAGAAAAUGGAGAAAGCAGAGCAACUACGGAUCAAGAAAGUAGCAGUUCAUGCUUCCGCACAAGAGAAGAAGGCAAAGGUUCAAACCAGACGCGCUCAAGAGAUACUCGAUGCGGAACAAGAAGCUGCUAGGUUUCAAGCCACGGGACAGGUUCCCAAGAAGUCAUCUUUUAGCUGCUUCUGA